CGGACUCACGAUGUACGACAUCAGCAUCAGCAUCGCCAGCAGAGGCAUCAUCUCCUCAUCGUUGCGCAGUCUUACGACUCGCGCCCGAUGAGAUCGCGAUGCCGUGAUGGCUGGCAGAGCGCGUCAACAAAAUCCGGAGAUCGAUCCUGAUCUUUCAACGCCGAGCAACAAGAAGAUUAAAUUAAUCGAGUUUAGUGGCUGCGAGCAGCGGCAACAGCAGGAGGAAGCUGAUGGUAAAAAAUCUACUCCAACAGGAGGGGAAGUAAACUUGGAGACGUCCGAGGUUUUGCCAUCGUCCGACGAGUCGUUCUGCGAGGAAGACGAGAAAGAAAAGGUCGGCGACGACGUCAAAGUCAAGCUACAGAAGGAAGAAUCCUCGGAACCAGCCGAGGCACCGUCCUCGUCGUCGAGUGUUGUGAAGACGACGCAGCAGCAGGAGGCGAUGGGACAGGAAAGCGGAGUGCAGACCUCAUUGAUGGGGGAGCACGCGCUUUAUCACGACCUCUCCGUCAUUGGGGACGGCGCCUACGGCACCGUAUACAAGGCCAAGGACGCGACUAGUGGCCAGAUAAUCGCCCUGAAGAAGGUGCGCGUGCCCAUUACCGAGGACGGACUACCCACUUCGACCCUCAGGGAAAUUGCCGCCCUCAAGCAGCUCGAGAGAUUCGAGCAUCCGCAAAUCGUGAAGCUUCUCGAUGUCUGCCAAGGAAAUUAUCUUGAAGUAGUUUCUGGAGUUGGAAGAUCCGAACGGUUAGAUCGCGGAUUAACAUUGUGGUUAGUGUUUGAACACGUUGAGCGAGAUUUGGCAUCUUUUAUGUCAGCCUACACAUCGCACAAAAUUGCACCUGCGUUGGUGAAACAGAUGUCUAAAGAAAUUAUUUUAGGAGUGGACUUUCUUCACAGUCAUCGUAUAAUCCAUCGAGAUCUUAAACCACAAAAUUUACUAGUUACUAAAGAUGGGCAUAUUAAAAUUGCAGAUUUCGGUUUAGCGAAAACUUAUGACUUUGAAAUGAAAUUAACUUCUGUUGUUGUGACCCUUUGGUAUCGAGCUCCAGAAGUUCUUCUUGGAUGUACUUAUGCUACACCCAUUGAUAUUUGGUCUGUGGGUUGUAUUUUGGCCGAACUAAAUGAACUGAAGCCUCUCUUUCCAGGAACGAGCGAAGGGGAUCAGCUUGAUAAAAUUUUCAGGUAGCUCGAAUGGCCACAAAAUGUAUCUUUAGGAUGGUCAGCAUUUCCAUAUAGACAUUCCAAACCCAUGAAAGUGGUUAUUCCAAAUUUAAGUGAUGCCGGACUUGAUUUAAUAAGAAGCAUGCUUAUUUUUAAUCCUCAUAAACGUAUUGCAGCAACUCAAGCUCUCAAUCAUUCGUAUUUUCUUGAGGAUGAUUCUUGAUGUUUAUUGUCUCGAUACAAUUGUAUGAAAAGUCAAUGAAAUAGGUAAUUUUUAAAGAUAUCUAGAUC